AUGAAUGAACUGGAGAGACAGAACAAGAUCACCCAGCAGAUACUGGAAGCGUUCAUUCAGAAGAAGCUGGGGCUGCAGAGUACCGUGCCGAAGGCGCCGUCAAUCCUCGACAUACUCCCUGUGAAGAUGCCCACACCACCAGUGACACAACAGUCAGAAAUGACAGAGACCAUGGAAGAAGAGAAUCAAGACACUGUGGACAAUCAGGAGCUCACAGAAGACCAGGAGAUAAGAGAAGACGACAGCCUACAGAGUGUGGAGAGCGAACAAAUCGAUUCCAUAUACAACACUAAUGCAGGUAGCACGAUACUCGAUUAA